CCUGCGCUGUUGUUUUUGUGCGUAUUGGAUACGCAGUGUUUGGAACCGCGCGAUGACGUGUGGAAAAGGCUUGCUCAUAACUCAGAGAAAGUUAGGGAGAUGGAUGAUUUCGAUGAGGACACGCGCACGAAUUGCGAUGCAGUAGCACAAAUUUCUUGGGGUGGAUAUUUUGUUUGCGGUAUGAUUGUUGGCUUUCUCUUGGGCACCGCUGGCGGCAUUAUUCUGGGUUUCGUCUGCUGGAGGAUACGAGUACACAAAGACCCUGCAAAAACAUAG